AUGGAUGAAGCUUUCGAUUUCAGAGCAGUAUUUUCGUCUGAACGUCGUAAUGUGAAGCCAUAUGAUAUGCUCAAUGGUUGUAAAAUUAACAUACAGCUUUGUGAAGACCCUGGUAAUUCUGCAAUAGUUAAAUCACUGGCCUUCUAUUCACGUGAUGCACAAGAGUUUUUUGGUGAAGUUGACAGAAAGGGAAUGCGUACACUUAAAACUCGAGAUAUAUUUCUGAGGAGAACCAUCAACUUUCCA